GUAAGUUUUCAUCCUGGUCAUCUGAUCGACGAGCGGAAAGAGCACAAACAAUGGCAGGGACUGAAGGCACAGCCACAUUUGUCUAUGUGCAUCCAGCUACAGGACCUGAGGGCGUAAGAGGCGAUCACCAUGGCAACACAGUUUAGUAUCGAUGAUGCCUUUGUGUUGGAGGGAGACGAGGAGGAGGGAGCUGUGUCUGACGGAGAGCCGCAGGGAUGGAAGGACAGGGAAGGAGGAGAGAUGACAUUUGGUCCUCUUACUUUCUCCAAACCUCAAACUCAUCCCUCGCCCGCCGCCGCCGCCGGCUCCCUCGAGCACAGCAACUUAAAGUACCAGAAUCUGGAAAAUGAAGACGCCCUAGGGAGUAAUGGCAACUCCUCUUUCAAUAACUUCUUCAAAAUCAGUGACCCUGCCAAUCUGUCGUACUGCAGCUCCCAGUGGUCCUUCAGCACCUUGAGUUCUGUCACACAGCUUUCUGCACACUGCUGUGGGUGCGUGUCUCAUCCGCGUAAGAAAAACAGAAAGGUUGUUCUUGCUUCUUUCCUUCUCCUCAUCACUGGAGUCGCUCUUAUUUUCACAGGUAUUGUCAUACAGCUCAAUCCAAAUGCAGGUGUUUCAAGUGCUAUUUUCUUUGUACCUGGAUUUCUUCUCUUCAUCCCUGGAGUGUACCACGUGAUUUACAUCAGCUGUGCUGUCCGUGGGAGACGAGGCUUCAAAUUAUUCUACCUACCUUAUUUUGAAAAAUGACCCUUAGACACUACACUCUCACUACAUUUCUGUGUCAAAAUGAAUUGUAUUAUUUAGUUUUUCCCCCCCCCACUUGUAUUGUCAUACGCUCGUCAUUGUAAUGACCACUAUUAAUUCAACCACUCAGUACCAUGACUAUGUUUCUGCCACAUGAACUGACAUAACUGUACGUGUUCUCUCAAAAGAAGGAGUUUGGUCCUGCCUGUGUUUUCUAUGUGUGAAUAAUGACUGUGAAAUAACAAUAAAAUGUUUUUAUAGUAAAA